CAAUUGCCUCUACGAGUUCCUGGAUUUGCUUGUCCAAUCCACCGAUGUCACUGUAUUGCUCGGUUGGCCUUUCGUCGACUUCCAUGGCCUUGACCCGGGAGUCGUACUCUGUUGGAAGAGUCUCCAGGACCAGAUAGGAAUCUUUGUUGACACCAACGAGAUCCCCAGGCUUCAGUUUCUCUGCAUCUACCAGGCCGAUCACUGGCAGGAAGUAAGUCUGCCUGGUGGAGGUCUUGAUGACUGCGCAUUUACCUUUUCUUUGAGAAUCAAGAUCAAUGUUGGCUCCAUCUUCCUCCUGGUCAUUUGGAUCCACGUCCAAUAGCUCAAUCACAUUGGAUACCAGGUACGGCAGAGUUUUGUUGACUUUAAUCUUCUCGGUGUUUUCUUUUAUCUUGUCCUUCAUGGCCUGUAAUUCGUGCGUCACUCGGAGGACUUCGCUCUUCAUGAUCUUUAUCUCACUGUCAAGCAGACGGGUUCGUUGAACGAUCUCAUCUGUGGACAUUUUAAGCACUUCUUCUCCGAUGCCAUCUUCCACUUCGUCCCAAACUGACUUGUCACUCAGCGACGCCAUCUUUGCUUUGUGGCGAACUGAACCUCGACACGCCGGAAGUUAAAUCUUAUUCUUCCGGAUGUGGAACUCACGAGCGCAAAGCAGACGGGCAUGAAACGACUGCAAAUUCUUUACAUGUUUUCUACAGUCUAUGGUCUUUAUAUGUUGAAUAUUCGGUUGUCUUUUGUGGAGUGAAGAACCCGAAUAACAGUAGGCAGCCGGGAAAUUCAUCAAAUUCCGGCACAUGGUUGUUGUUGAGUUUUUAGCCUGCACAGACCGACCGACCGCCCUCCAGCCGCUGUGCAGAGUUCAUCGUGUCCGUGUGACUAGCAGCCUCCCUCGGUGGCAGCUGUCUCACGCAAGGAAGAGAUGGACCCGAACAAUACACCCUUUCAGGGGCUGGCGUCCCCACAGGGUGCCAUGACCCCGGGGAUGCCCAUGUUCAGUCCAAUGAUGCCGUAUGGCUCUGGCCUGACCCCCCAGCCGGUUACCAACACCAACAGCCUGUCCAUCCUAGAGGACCAGCAGAGACUGCAGCAGCAGCAACAAGCCCAGCAGGCCAACGCAGGUCUUGCAGGUACGUCGGGUCAGACCCCUACGUUGUUCCACUCCCAGACUGUUGGGGGGUCCACCACUACUGCCCUACCAGGAAACACCCCCCUGUACAACACACCGCUAACCCCCAUGACACCCAUCACUCCCUCCACGCCCGCCUCGGAGAGCUCCGGGAUCGUACCACAGCUGCAGAACAUUGUAUCAACCGUGAAUCUGGGCUGUAAACUUGACCUCAAGACCAUCGCACUGAGGGCUAGAAACGCAGAGUACAACCCCAAGCGUUUUGCGGCCGUCAUCAUGAGAAUACGAGAGCCCCGCACCACGGCCCUGAUCUUCAGCUCUGGGAAGAUGGUAUGCACUGGAGCCAAGAGUGAGGAGCAGUCGAGGCUAGCGGCCAGGAAGUACGCCCGUGUGGUGCAGAAGCUGGGCUUCCCAGCCAAGUUUCUGGACUUCAAAAUCCAGAACAUGGUGGGCAGCUGCGACGUCAAGUUCCCCAUCAGGCUGGAGGGCCUGGUCCUUACCCACCAACAGUUCAGCAGUUAUGAACCUGAGCUUUUCCCAGGUCUCAUCUACAGAAUGAUUAAACCUAGAAUCGUCCUGCUCAUCUUUGUCUCUGGGAAGGUGGUUCUAACAGGUGCCAAGGUGAGGGGAGAGAUUUAUGAGGCCUUUGAAAACAUCUACCCCAUCCUGAAGGGCUUCCGUAAAACAACGUAGACAGCCCCCCCCCCCGCGCUUAAUUUUUGUACUUUUUUUAGAACAUCAGAUUCAAAUCUAUAUAUUGACUUUCAAAAAGCGGACUGCCUUUUGGGCUGAUGUACAUGGAUGUAAAAUUUGCGCAACAAGGUCACGUUGUUUUAAGUGGUCUUGUUCGGAUUUGGGGACGUGCCAUUCGGUGCCAUUGGGAGGCUGCUGUCCUACGUUCAACCUCCAAAUGACCAUCCUGGUAUACACACGGUUUUGAUGAUCUCGUCCUGAUCAUCAUAUUCACUUUUUUUACGGUGAUGACGAGAAGUACACCUGUUCAGAAAGUACAGAAGGGGAAGAAAGCCAGAGAUGUCAACUUAUUUUUGAGGAAUAGGACACACGUUGACACGCUGGAAACCAAUCGAAGACUUCUUAUCUCUUUUGUUCAUAAUUUCUUUCUUUUUUUAUGGACCUGUCACUGCACAUUCCAUUCUGUAUUCAGUUGAAUUUCGUAGUAUUUCAUUUUCAAACAUGAAGUGCCAGUUUUAAAUCGAUGAGCUUAAAUUCAAUCCAUGUAUAAAUAAGGAAACCGCCAAAUUCUUAGGUCCAAGUUUAUCCAUUUGAAAAAAUUGUAAUUGGUUGGUUACAACUUGUUUGCAUUUGAGAAAACACAUGACAAACAUUUUAUCUUUUGGCAUGGCAUUGAAAUUUUUUUAAAGAUAAAUAAACACUUUUUUUUUUUUUAAGUAAGGAUAUUAAGCUUUUGUAUUAUCCACUGGAAAUGUUUCUUUUCUGGCUUAAGAGCAACUAUUGAGGGUUAAACCUUUUGUGUAGGUGAUUUAAGUAAGUGAACUCCAUGGAAAAAGCCCCUCCCCUUUUUCUGGCAUACUCAAUUGUUUCCUUUUAAUAGCACUGACGGUUUAAUGGUUGAACGAACUAUGCAUGUUAUGUUUGUAAGUUCUUUGUAUUGUCCUGAAGUUUUGAAUUUUUUUGGAUAUUUAAGUCAUUAAUGCUAACAGAUUUCCUGGAAAUAUGCUCAUGGUUGGUCAGACUUGCUAAUAACCUCAGCUAAAUUCAAUGUCCUUUUUCUUUGGCACUGCUAGUGUUACAUGCAUGUCUCACUAUUUAAUUGUAGUCAGUUUUAUUUCAAUGUUUUCAUUAGUUUCACUCACAUGAUGACAAAGUUGCAAAGUAAUUGGAGAAAGGUACCUCAGCUCUUGGAUUGAAAUAAGCACUAUUACAAAACGCAGUCUUUAUUCUGGCUUCAAAUUGGAUUUCUGUUUGUAAAUAAACAUAUCUAAGGAUUGUUUGUGUCAAUAUCCAUUUUGAUGUAGAUGUUUUUUGGUAGUCAGUGAAAAUAUCAGACACUUUAUUUUAAAAUAUACAUAACAUAUG